AUGACAACCAAGGACAAAGAGUACGUAGAUGGCGAGUCGGCGGUGGAGACACCGAUGAACAACGCCACGGACGAAGAGCGCAGCGAGGUAUCACAAAACGCGAUGGUGACGGAAGAGAUGCCAAGGAAAGUAGGACGACUACACGAUGGUGGGUCGCAACACGGAAAAGUACAAGCGAAGUGUUGA